CCCGUCUUAUAAAAACACCUGUGAUGUUUAUUAUUCUCUAAAUCACCAUGAAAUUCCUAUCUGUAAUCCUUAUCGCGAUCCUUGCUAUUGGAACAUUUUGCCUUACGGACACCGAAUCAAGGAUGAAAAUCCAACAGGAGCAGGACAUGAAGCUGAAGACGAAUUUGCACCAAGUAGGGGCAGAUGAUGCGUUGCACACUCGUAACCGUCGCUGGGGAUACUAUGGUGGAAUGGGAUAUGGAAUGGGAAUGAGAAGAUUCGGAUAUGGAUACCCAAUGUGGGGAUAAACAAUUUUCACUAUAUAUCUGUUUAUAUUAAAUGUAUGUACAUAAAUAUAUAUCUUAAAUUUAUCUUGAAUAGAAUUCUAUUUCAUAUUCCAUAUACUCUGAAUUUUCCUGAAUGCAUAGUGAGGCUACCUAAAAAGAAAGAGUUAGAUCAACAAUACUUCAUGAUUAAUAAAAAUAUACAUAUACAUGAAAA